AGAGCGGGGCGUAGUUUACCCACGCGUCUUCUCUUGCCUUGCAAAGGGAGCACCGCCACCGCUGACUCGGGAGAAGGCAGCCGAAGGACGCGGAGAGGGAGCGAAGCCACGGAACUUGUGCGGGAAAGGGACCCCUUUCGGCUCUCUUUCUCUCCGUUGCGCUUCCAUGCCGUGAGCUGCAUGGUCAGGGGAGGCAGGACCUGAGCGUCCGGAGGAAGCACCGCCUGUGUGGAAGAAAAUGUCCGUGAGCAUGCAUGAGAAUCGCAAGUCCAGAGCCAGCACUGGCUCUAUAAAUAUAUAUUUAUUCCACAAAUCUUCAUACGCUGAUAGUGUCCUUACUCAUCUAAACCUUCUGCGCCAGCAGCGUCUUUUUACAGAUGUCCUUCUUCAUGCUGGAAGCAAGUCAUUCCCUUGCCAUAGAGCUGUCCUAGCAGCUUGCAGUCGGUAUUUUGAAGCAAUGUUCAGUGGAGGGCUCAAAGAAAGCCAAGCCAGUGAAGUCAACUUCCAUAAUUCUAUCCACCCAGAGGUUCUAGAACUGCUCCUAGACUAUGCUUACUCCUCAAGAGUCAUCAUCAAUGAAGAGAAUGCAGAGUCUCUUUUAGAGGCCGGUGACAUGUUGGAAUUCCAAGACAUCCGGGAUGCCUGCGCAGAAUUCUUGGAAAAGAACCUUCAUCCCACUAAUUGCCUUGGCAUGCUUCUUCUGUCAGAUGCUCACCAGUGUACCAAACUUUACGAGCUCUCUUGGAGGAUGUGCCUUAGCAACUUCCAGACAAUUAGCAAAAGUGACGAUUUUCUUCAGCUCCCCAAAGACAUGGUUGUGCAGCUUCUGUCAAGUGAAGAAUUAGAGACUGAAGAUGAACGCCUGGUCUAUGAGUCUGCCAUGAACUGGGUUAACUAUGAUCUCAAUAAACGGCACUGUUAUUUGCCUGAUCUACUGCAGACUGUGAGACUGGCUCUCUUGCCAGCCAUCUAUCUAAUGGAGAAUGUAGCAACUGAGGAGCUUAUCACUAAGCAAAGGAAAAGUAAAGAGACUGUAGAAGAAGCAAUAAGGUGCAAGCUGAAGAUUUUACAGAAUGAUGGUGUAGUCACCAGCUUGUGUGCAAGACCUCGGAAAACUGGCCAUGCCUUGUUUCUUCUGGGAGGACAAACCUUUAUGUGUGACAAGCUGUACCUGGUGGACCAAAAAGCAAAGGAGAUCAUUCCAAAAGCAGACAUCCCAAGCCCAAGGAAAGAGUUUAGUGCAUGUGCUAUCGGCUGUAAAGUCUACAUCACUGGUGGCCGGGGAUCUGAAAAUGGUGUCUCAAAAGAUGUUUGGGUGUAUGAUACACUUCAUGAAGAGUGGUCCAAGGCAGCUCCCAUGCUGGUAGCUCGAUUUGGUCAUGGUUCUGCUGAACUGAAACACUGUCUGUAUGUUGUAGGAGGGCACACAGCAGCCACCGGCUGUCUUCCAGCAUCUCCUUCAGUAUCCUUAAAACAAGUAGAACAGUAUGACCCCGUGACCAACAAAUGGACAAUGGUGGCUCCACUUCGGGAAGGAGUAAGCAAUGCAGCUGUAGUCAGUGCAAAGCUGAAGCUAUUUGCUUUUGGUGGUACUAGUGUCAGCCAUGAUAAGCUACCCAAAGUUCAGUGUUAUGACCUGUGUGAAAACAGGUGGACAGUACCAGCUACCUGCCCCCAACCAUGGCGAUACACAGCUGCGGCAGUCCUGGGCAACCAGAUAUUUAUUAUGGGUGGAGACACCGAAUUUUCUGCAUGUUCAGCUUAUAAAUUCAACAGUGAAACUUACCAGUGGACUAAGGUGGGAGAUGUGACAGCUAAGAGAAUGAGCUGCCAUGCAGUAGCAUCUGGGAACAAGCUGUAUGUUGUUGGAGGGUAUUUCGGCAUCCAGAGAUGCAAAACGUUAGAUUGCUAUGACCCUACACUAGAUGUAUGGAACAGCAUAACCACAGUGCCCUACUCACUCAUUCCUACUGCAUUUGUGAGUACAUGGAAGCAUCUCCCUUCGUAACUGCAUGUAUGGCUUAUACAGUUUAUUCCAUUAUUUGGCAAAGAAAGUAGAGCUUCAGCGGUGGAGAACUGGCUUUAAUGAAGAAAUUUUUUUGUUUGAGUUUGAAGAAAAUCUUCUGCACCUUCGACAUUCUUAAAGCUGGUAAUGAAGGAAUGGAGGAAGACCAUUGUCUUCAGUAUAUCAGGACAUGGUUAAACUAUGAAUGAAUGAACUUCUGAUCUGGUCUCUGUGUUUGUAAUUGUGGAUUAAUGUCAAGUUUAAUCAGCCCUUCAAAGCAAGGGUGGGGGGGAGGGGGGAGAAUAUGGACUUCUUCAGAACUGCACAACCCUUGAUUUUCAUGGACUUUGCCGUUAUUGUGUGUGGAAUUUGAAAUGGUUGUCCCCUUUCUUUGUGACAGUUUGAAGCAGCAGCAGCAGCUGCACAGGAAGUGGGCCAGAUCUGGAGCUGUGAGAUGUCUUUGUGAAUGAAGUUGCAGCUGUAUCCCCUGCCACUGAGAUGAGCUUGUUUUCUUAGGAUUGCCCAGAGCAUCAGUUGGAAAUGGUUGAGCUGUAUAAUUGUAGCUGCCACAAGUAACUGUCUACUUGCUAAAGAGCAAGACAGCUUCAAAGGGAGGGGGGCUGCUUGCAGCAUUGGCAGGAGGAGGCAGAUGACUCCCUCCCCCCAAAUAUUUGAUUUCCUAUUGUAUUUAUUAAUUGCUACCACUGUCCUGCUUCAAAAUUAUUUGUUGUAGAUAUAGAUAUUUAUUGUUCAGUUCUUGCAUGCUGAAACAAUGCCUACAGAUUGUCUUAAAAGUUGUAAGUAAGGGCUUAUGUGAAUCGUAUGUUUUGCACAUUCUGUGGUCUCUGACUUUGCUCUGCUGCACAUGAAAAAGGCUGAGUAAUAUUCAGGGAGAGGAGGACGAGGUCAGCAAUGGAAGGUUUUCAAGGCAGUGUCUUAGAUUACACACCUACUAAAGGAAGAAGUCAUGGGGGUCACUUUCUCAGGCCACUGACUCUCCAGGUGACAUGGGAUGUGGCUUGUUGAUAGUAUCCCUGUUACGCUUUGCCUAGUCAUGCCUUUUUGAAUGAACUCAACUGGAAACAGCCACAGUCACUUAGCAGCUUUCUUUUUGUGCAGCUUCCAACACUACUGGAAAAAGAUAAAUUGGGGG